AUGGAUAUCCAUAUCCCAAGCAAACUAAAAGACUUUGGGCUUUUGAAUAAUGCUUUUCAUCUCUACGGGUGGUUAGAUGAUAACCGGGAAAUCUGUCAGCGCCAUGCCGCCCCCGCCAAAAUCAAGAUGGAUUGUAGGAACGAAGAGUCCAUGCUCCUUGACAAUUACAUGGAGAACGAGUCGUCCAGAGAAAUCUCCGUGUGCAAUAAUAAUGAAAUCAGUGGUUUCAUCUGGAACGACGAUGAGGAUUCUACAUGCAGCGAACAGCUCGAGAUCCAGUUGUCGGCGACACAGCCUUCCAUUUAUUCAACUACGAAUAGUCUGAUGUCAAGUGAAUCCUCCUCCGAUGUAAAUGUAUUGCUAGCCAAAGUUGCCGGGCUCCAAAAUAAAUUGGCGAAGAAGCAAGCUGAAAACGAAAAGCUUUCGAACGAAAAGAGUAUGCUCCAAGAUGAGUGCGCGAAGGUCAGAGGAGAGAAAGAUGUGCUAGAAGCUUUCACCAAUAGAAGGCUGUCAAAUAGCCAAGACACGCACUUUGCGGCUGUGCAAGAGUACAAAAUUCAGCUCAGAAAAAGGCAAGAAAAGAUCAAUGCCAUCUUGGUCGAAAAUGCUGAGCUCAAAGGCUUACUGGUUGAGCAGAAAGCCGAAAACAAACAGAUUUCGAACGAAAUUGACAUUCUCGAAGACGAGUGCAAGAAGCUCAGAGGCGAGAAGGAUGCACUAGAAGCGUACACCAAAAGUACACUGCAACAGUUUCAAGACAAGUAUUUAAUAGCACUGCAGGAUUCCAAGGUUCAACUCAGAAACAGGCAACACAAAAUCAACGCUACUUUGGCCGAGAAUGCCGAGCUCAAGAGCCUAUUGAACAUGAAGGAAGAUGAAAUCAAAAAGAUUACGAGCGAAAAGAGUAUUCUGAAGGCGAAAUAUGGGAAGAUGAGAUGUGAGAACGAAAUCCCAGAAGCCCACACCAAAGUUGGAUUGCCGAAAAACCAAGACAAGCAUCCGGGCGUAUUACAGGAGUGCAAUGUCAAAGUCAGGCAAAAGUUAGACAAGCAAUACGCGCUGGAUCGCCGUAAUCGCAUAGAGCCGUCGACUAGCUAUGCUACAUCUUCGAUUAGGAUUGGAAAAUCAAGCUACUAG